GCGGGUACCAGCUCAGCGGAGCCCAACGGCGUUCCGGGUUUCCCUCAGGCCCCGCCCCCUGCGUGCGCGGCCCCGCGGGCCCGCGCGCUCCCGGUCUGCGCGCCAUCUUGGCUAGUCCGUGAGGGUCGAGCGUGGAUUGGCAACAGUGCGCACAGCAGGAGAGAUUCACCGAGGCCACGGAGCAGAAUGGAACACUACCGGAGGGCUGGCUCCGUGGAGCUCCCGGCGUCUUCACCAGUGCCCCAGCUGCCUCCUGACACCCUGGAAAUGCGAGUCCGAGAUGGGAGCAAAAUCCGGAACCUUCUGGGGCUGGCCCUGGGUCGCCUGGAGGGGGGAAGCACCAGGCACGUGGUGUUCUCAGGUGCCGGUCGGGCUGCAGGGAAAGCUGUCAGCUGUGCAGAGAUUGUCAAACGGCGGGUUCCUGGCCUCCACCAACUCACCAAGCUUCGAUUCCUGCAAACUGAGGACAGCUGGGUCCCAACCUCACCAGACACAGGCCUGGACCCCCUCACGGUUCGGCGCCACGUGCCUGCAGUGUGGGUGCUACUCAGUCGGGACCCCUUGGACCCCAGUGAAUGUGGUUACCAACCCCCAGGAGCGCCCCCCGGCCUGGGCUCCAUACCUAGCUCUGGUCCCAGACCCCGAAGAAGGGCUCGGGACACCCGGUCCUGAAGACCUGCUGAGCCUGCCUGUACUCUAGACCUGACUCUGUGCCUUCUGUAAGAAGCACCGGUGUGACACCCACCAUGCCAGCAAGGCUUGAGUCCCCUGGAGUCCUGCUCCCGUCCCCCUGGCAUGAGGGACGGCACUGCUGUGAAGGAUGCAGGCCAUGGGUCACUGCUUCAGAAGGGCUUGCUCUGUCCACAGAGUGUCUGACUUGCCUUUUUUGACAUCAGUCUAGGGAAGGGAAAUAAAGGUGGUGCCCGUUUGUUUGA